CGCGGUACCGCUGCACGAAGAUGGCGGCCGAACUGGUGGAGGCGAUGAACAUGGUGAAAAGUUUCCGGGUUUCAGACCUGCAGACGCUGCUGGCCUCAAUGGGUCGCAGCAAAAGUGGCCUGAAGCAGGACCUGGUGGGGCGAGCUCUGAGGCUAGUGCAGACGGAAUACAGCCCAGAACUGCUGAAGAAUGUCAGGCAGCUGUAUGAGUCACGCUUCCCCAAAGCAUCUGGUUGGCUGCCAGCGCGGCGUCCUGAUGGACUUCCAGUUCCAUACACAUCUCUCAGCUCCUCCACCACCACCACCUCACAGGGCACAGACUACCUCAAUGGGAUUUCGAAACCGCUCCUUGCCCCACGAGCAGAGGUCAAGCUGACUCCUCUGCCCUUCUACCAAACCUUAGAGACACUGCUGCCACCGACAGAUCUGAUUUCCCAUAACAAUGAAAAACUACAAGACAGUCAGUGCAUCUUUGAACUGACACCAAACCAAGCAGACCAGCUCAGAAAUGCCAGUGAACUUCGUCCAGGAAUGCGAUCAAUCCAAGUGGUUCUCAGAAUCUGUUACUCUGACGCUGUUGGCAUUCAAGAAGACCAGUAUCCUCCAAACAUUGCUGUCAAAGUGAACCAGUCCUACUGUCACGUACCGGGAUAUUACCCUUCUAAUAAACCAGGAGUUGAACCACGUCGUCCCUGUCGCCCCAUAAACAUCACACCUUGGUUGCAUCUCUCCAGUGUUGCUAACAGAGUCACCAUCACCUGGGGAAACUUUGGCAAGCGUUACUCUGUCGCGGUGUAUCUAGUGAGGGUCUUCACCGCAGCAGACCUCUUCAACCAGCUAAAGCUCUGCUCUGUUGAAAAUCCAGAACGCUGUCGUGAACGCAUUCAAGAUAAACUUCGAUUUGAUCCUGAGAGCGAAAUUGCGACCACCGGCCUCAGAGUCUCUUUAAUCUGUCCACUGGUGAAGAUGCGACUCGGUGUGCCGUGCAGAGUUUUAACUUGCGCCCAUCUUCAGUGCUUCGACGCAGUCUUCUUCCUGCAGAUGAAUGAGAAGAAGCCCACGUGGACUUGCCCCGUCUGCGACAAGCCUGCUCCCUUUGAGCUGCUCACCAUUGAUGGGUUAUUAUCGGAGAUUCUGAAAGAGACAAGUGAGGACAUCGAGGAGAUCGAGUACUUAACAGAUGGCUCCUGGCGACCCAUCAAAGAUGAGAAGGAGCGGGAGAGGGAAAGAGAACGCAGCAACACACCAGAGUACCCUGUUGUUGAUAUAUGCAUUCCUGAAGCAAACGGACAUUCGCCAGCCCACAGCAGCACCAGUCUGACGGGCAGAUCUGGAAGCAGUUCACUGGGGGCGACUGGAGUCGCGGCAGGACCCACAGGGGCACCAGGAGGAGGUGCAGUGGUAGAUCUAACUCUAGACUCCUCCUCUGAGGAGGAGGGAGGAGGGGCUGAAGGGGACAGUGAGGACACUGAGGACAGCGCCGACAGUCCCACCCCUAAGAGAGGUCGAUACAACUUCGACAAGGACCUGGUCACUGCCUACUGACCCUGCAGCUUUGUCCCCUCACAAACUGACUCGCAGAGCUGCAGGGGACUUCACGAAACCGAGGACAGGAACACGGUAAUCCCCUAGAUGCAACAACCCUCCCCACUCCUCAAAUAUCAGAGCCUUUUUAGCAGCUCUAGAAUAAAUCCAGACAACACAAACACUCAGAUAUGCUCUGUCGAUGACUCUUCAGCUUAGAGUGACAAGGAUUGUGUCUUUGCACUGCACAUUUCUGGAAGCAGCUCUUUUUGGCCAGUCGGCUCCUCGCAGCGAGUACCAACCUGCCACUUUUAAAGAGGCCGACUGGAUUUAGCACCCCACCACCACCACCUCCUCCAUUUCUUACUCCUCUCUUUCCAGACUAUUCCCUCUGUCCAUAUUUCUUUGUAUAGACUUCAGCUACGGGCUCUUUUAGCCACAGGUUAGUGUUUGCAUCUGACUUUUGUCUGACAAGGUAAAAUUAGAAGAUUUAGGGUGAAGGUGAAAUAGUAAAAACGAGAAGAUGUGAGUAAUUUGGAAGGGCCUGGCAGAAAUAUCUCAAGUGUGAUAGAAGUUUAAAAAUUUACAUUUUGGGUUCUUUUAAUUUUGUUUUGUCCAUGGAUAAAGAGAACCUACCUCAGUCAUAAAAACUUAGCAGACUGACCA